UUCGACGCGCCGGCCUCCACCCUCCCCACCCAGGUGCUCGGGAUCAGCCACUCGUACCAGCCCCUGCAGACGUUCAUCGGGGAGGGUACGGGACCAGGCCAGGGCGCCAAGGCGAGCUCCGUGACGAUGCAGUUCGGCGACCUGACGUGGAGCUCAGUGCGCGGUCCCGGCGGGCGCCCCCGCGGACGCGGCUCCCACCUGGACGGCACCGAGGACGCGGCGCACCAGCAGCAGCAACACCACCAGGGUCCUUCAGCGGUCGGCCCGUCCGGCUACGAGGUCGUGGAGCGGCCCGCCGACCUCUCCGCCGAGAUACACCUCACCACCAUCAGCCCGCUGAGCGCGCUGGGCGCCACCGGACAGGCGGCGGAGACGUCCGCGGCGGGGCCGGGGCCGUCCGAGGAGGCUGUGGCCCUCUACUACCAGAGCGAGGACAAGUCGGAGACGGACGGCGACGCGGAGCUCGUGGAGGCCGCGCCGCCCAAGAAGCGCGGCCGCGUCCGCUACGGCGAGCAGCUGCGGCCGUCCCGCCGGCGGAAGCGGCCGCGGGGACAGCAGCACGCCGACGACGAGGGCCGCCGCCAGCACGGCCAGGACGACGACGAGACGGCGCGGUCGUCGGCGGAGCCGCGCGCCAACGAGCAGGGCGGGGAGGAGGACGCCAUCGGCGUGGUCAAGCAGGCCGCCGACGACACGGCCGAGCGCGAGGAGCUCGCCCAGGAGACCAACAAGCUCCUAGAGGAACUCAAGGAGAGCAAGGCCGUGCGGCGGAGGCUGCGCAAGCGGCCGCGUAUCAUGACGGAGACGGGGCACGUCCUGCGCGGCCUCGAGGUCAAGGAGACCCUCCAGGCGGACAAGUGGCGGUAGCCGCCAGUGCCAUGGGCGUCGUCGCUCCCCGCCCCUCACAAAAACAAGUGCGCUAGUGAAAAGCUCAAGUUCAGUCGCGGCGUCGUGAACGGUCGGUGAUCGUGAGUGGACAAAAUAGUGUGUUGGACUCGCAGCGGCGUUGCUCGGACGGGACACGCCAAGCAGCCCGCCCGGCAACGGGCGAGAUAGUGAGAAUAGUACGAUGUCGACUGAUAUAUAUUUUUUUAUUCAACAAACAACUGAAAAUAAAUAAGAAUAAACCAUG